AUGAGUUCAUCACCAGCAGCAGCAGCAGUUCGUGUUUUAAUUACCGGUGCAGCCGGACAAAUUGGUUAUAGUCUGAUACCGAUUGUAGCACGUGGCGAUGUAUUUGGUCGUGAACAAUCAAUUAUUUUACAUUUAUUGGAUAUACCGCCAAUGAAAACCGUAUUGGAUGGUGUUGUAAUGGAGAUUAAUGAUUGUGCAUUUCCAUUGGUACAAUCGGUUGUUGCCACCACUGAUGAAGCCGAAGCAUUCAAAGAUAUUGAUGCAGCAUUUUUAGUUGGUUCAAUGCCACGUCGUGAAGGAAUGGAACGUAAAGAUUUAUUGGCUGCUAAUGUAAAAAUAUUUGCUUCACAAGGCCGUGCAUUAGCUAAUCAUUCGAAAGCUGAUGUUCGUGUAUUGGUCGUUGGUAAUCCGGCCAAUACAAAUGCAUUGAUUGCGGCAAAAUUUGCAGCACCAAAAAUACCAUCACGUAAUAUAACGGCAAUGACACGAUUAGAUCAGAAUCGUGCCCAACAUCAGCUAGCUGCACGUAAUGGUUGUCCAGUUUCACGUAUUGAACGUGUCAUCAUUUGGGGUAAUCAUUCAUCCACACAAUUCCCGGAUAUUAGUAAUGCUUUAAUGGAUGGACAACCGAUUAAAUUCGAUGGCCAUGAUGAAAAAUUCAUACAAACCAUACAGAAACGUGGUGCAGCUGUUAUUUCUGCACGCAAAUUAUCAUCAGCAAUGUCGGCAGCAAAAGCAGCCGCUGAUCAUAUGCAUGAUUGGUGGAAUGGUACAAAAACCUGGGUAUCAAUGGGCGUCAUAUCCGAUGGUAAUCCAUAUGGUAUUGCUGAUGGUAUAAUUUUUAGUUUUCCUGUUGAAUGUCAUGGACGUGAAUGGAAAAUUGUUCCAAAUCUUAGCUGGGAUGAUGUGGCUAAAUCACGAAUUCAAACAACAGCUGAUGAAUUAUUGGCCGAAAAACAAGAUGCAUUAUCCGAAACGGAAAAUGCAUAAAUCAAUUGUUGUGUCAAAAUUGUGAAUCAUGAAAAAAAAAAAUUGUCAAGUAAAAAACAAAAACAAACAAACAAAAAAAAUUAGACCAAAAUUUCCAUAAUAUUUCUCUAUAUAUUGUUAUUGUUGUUGAAUUAUUUUUUUUCCAAUAAUUUUUUUCUUUGUUGAACCCACUUUUGAUGCAUUCAAAUUUGUUUCAGUUCCAUAAUUGUUGAUUAAUAAAAAAAUAAAAUUCCAACGAGCUAUA